GGACAGCAAUUUCUGCAGCCAAAGCAUCAAGCUGGAAGGCGCUAAGAGAAGAUGAACAAAAGUGAUCCUGCCUGGGGAAGCAAUGCCAAGGACCCAGAUGAGAAAGAGAUAUCGCCUUGCUUGGUCAGCCUAGGGGCCCUCCUCUACUACUGCAUCCUGCUGUGUGUGGGUUUGCCUGUUAACAUUUUAACUGCCGCUGCACUUUCCCGCCUUGCUGCUCGUACCCGGAAAUCCUCGUACUGCUACCUCUUGGCGCUCACCACUUCUGACAUCCUGACUCAAGUCUUUGUGGUCUUUGCUGGCUUCAUUGUGCAGGCAGCCAUCUUGGGCCGCGAAGUGCCAGGUGCCUUUGCCCAUGCAAUCAACAUCUUACAGUUCACGGCCAAUCACACCUCCAUCUGGAUGACAGUACUGUUGACUAUGGACCGUUACGUGGCCCUUUGCCAUCCCCUGCAGUACAGGGCUAUCUCUUAUCCAGAACGCACCCAGAAGAUAAUUGCUGCCAUGUUUACAGUCUCACUGGCUACUGGAGUUCCUUUCUACUGGUGGCUAGAUGUUUGGCAUGAUGUCUCCCCGCCCAGCACUAUGGACAAAGUCCUGAAGUGGCUUCAUUGCUUCAUCAUCUACUUCAUUCCCUGCACUGUCUUUCUGAUGACAAACUCUGUUAUAAUCUACAAGCUCAAGCGAUCAGGAAAUCCCAACGGCCGCCUCAGCAGAACCACAGCCAUCUUGUUGGCCGUCACCACUGUCUUCAUUGUCCUCUGGGCUCCACGGACAUUUGUCAUGAUCUACCACCUCUACGUGGCAUCAGUCAAUCAGGACUGGCGAGUACACCUGGCCUUGGAUGUUGCCAACAUGGUAGCCAUGCUCAAUACCUCCAUCAACUUCUUCCUUUACUGCUUUGUCAGCAAGACCUUCCGGCGUACUGCCCGUGAAGUGCUAGUCUCUUACAGAUUCCAGUGUACCCAAUCAUCAAAGAAGGACACCACUUUGGAAUUGACUCUGAAACCCCUGGGGGUCUGGGCUAGGACUUCGGUUUAGGGAGAUUAUCAUCCUUCUGCAAACCAGCUCAACUUUGGCUGAAUGUGGAUUCCAUGGGCCUUUUGGUGCACUGAGAUGUUGGAGAAUAAGGACCUCCUUUGUGGCCCUUCAGGAAAAAAGGGAAGGAG